CUCGCACUAGCGAUUCAGUCCCUUGCCUAGCAAAUGGCAUGUGUGGCAUGAAAGCCACUUUGCACGAACCGACUAAACCAUGGUACGGUUAGAUGCGCAUAAAAGUGAUAUGCAUUCAUCCACUCUCAAGCAGUCUAUCCAACACCCACCACACAAUCUUGAUCACCACAAGAACGCCGUUGUUGGCACUUCCAGGGACCUCAUCAACAUCUUGGUCACAUUGGUCUACCACGUGUUUUGCUCUUAGUUUCCUCCAUACAGGAAAAAUGGC